UUCGACGACCAAACGCUCUCAGACAUCAAGAUCAAAGUUGGCUACCAGGAGUACUUCGCUCACAAGUACGUGCUUGUAGAGAGAUCCAUCUGGUUCAGAAAGGCUCUACUUGGCGAGUUCAAGGAAUCAAAGCAAGAUACCAUCGAUCUUGGCAACGACGAUGAACCAGCCGCACUCGUUGCUAUGCUCAAGUUCUGCUACGACGGCGUCUACUGUAUCCGGCCCUGCAGCCCUGAUACCGACAUCGCCGAUCAGCAUCUAGCCAUGUACCGACUUGCCGACCUCUACGACAUGCCCGACCUGCGCGGAUAUGCCUGUUCCGAGCUUCUCGACAGCUUGAGCCCCUUUGGGGAGAGUUGGCAAGAGAUUGAGGUGACAAACAGGAUCGUUCUCGUCGUCCAAAAGAUCCUGGGUCCCGAAGUGGACUCCUUCGCCGACAAAAACAUUCAGAAGAUUGUGUACAUGCACGUUAUCAGACACGUCAAGCUCUUCUACAAGAACACUCUUUUCAGGAGUCUACUGACUGACGGAUUCAUGUUCAAUGAGUUAUAUGCCCAGAAGUUCACUGACGUGAUCGGUGGAAUGCUCUCCCAUCCUCAUCGCAGAUGCUCGGUAUGUUACCCUGGAUGGCCUCCUGCUCCAGAAUCCGGGGCAUGGGACCAGCCUGUUGCUGGAAUCCGAUGGUAG